ACAGCAUUUGCAGUACAGAUACCCAGGCCACUAAAUCGGCACCCGCCAUCGAUCGCAGCCCCCCACGCAUCGCCCACUUCGAAUGCCACUGUGAUGUCGAUUCUCAGUUGUGGCCAUCUUAUCGAUACAGCUCCGGCAGCACACCCAAGAGCCCCUCGACCCGGGUCGACAUCCGUACUCUCCUCUCAGCCGUAAGCGGCAGGCAGGCCAGCUCAGUCGGCCAUCCCUCAUGACCGGCGAAGGCUGUUGCGCCCGCCCCAACAACGCCAACGACGACAACGAGUGUGAUAUUGGACCAAGCCCUCGGCAAUCGCCGUUGCGGGCGAUUACUCCAGGAUGAAUGCCGCAAAUGCUCCUGCGACCGUGAGGAUAUCCGGCCCACCGAACAGCAGUUUUCUGGUGGGCUACCCGGGCAUUUCCGCAACCUUGCCGAGGAUCGUAGGCAAGGUCGAAAUCCGCCCUGGCGCUGGCUUCUCAGCGCCCGUUAACAUCUCGAUGGUGCGCAUCUGUCUUCAGCGGCGAGAGACUAUCCAUCCGGCUGCGGAAAACGUGGCGAGGCGCCAUCUCGGGACACCGCGGCGAGAGACGGUCGAUCUAGUGGGGAAGGAGGUUCUCCUGUUUCGAUGUGUCUCAGGAAAAGAGGCAGAGAGCGUGAUUGCCAUGGACCUGCCCUUUCAAAUCUUCAUUCCCUUCGGACGCGGAGGCGAAGAAGUCAAUCGCCGAAUCCCACCUGCGAGCUUGCAACUGCCCAGCCGAAUCGCAGAGACAUACUACGAACUCGUUGUCACCGUUCAGCAAGGAUCCAGCAUGCAAAACCGAUAUACGUUCCCCAUCCCACUACAGCGCUACGAUACGCUUUCGACGUUCGGCAUGUACAACCGGCCCGAGACCAAGGCGGCGACGGCGGACCAUAUUGUGACCCUGGGCAUCUCGCUCCCCAAAUGGAGCUAUGGGCCGUUGGAUCCCAUCACGGUCUAUGUCAAGCUCUCGCCGAACCCGGACUACAUGAACAAAGCGAAAAGGGUGACAAUACAAAAGAUUACGCUCACUAUUGAAGAGGAGAUCACGUUCAACCCCGAAGGAGACGAGCCAACCAAGAAGAUCAAUAAGAUCGCCAAACACACACAAGCCGUCGGGACCAAACUGCCCGAGACCGGCUACAUCACCAAUUUAGGGCUUGUCCUCCCAGCGCGAGACUUGAGGGAUUCAGACGGCAUAAUAAAAAGAGGGAAACCGGCGUUUCCCAUGUACGAGGUGACGAGCUUCACGACAACAUCCACGUUGUACAAGAUUGAGUUCUUUCUAAGCAUCAAGGCGCACAUGACUUCGGCCAGGGAUAUCACAUUACGCCAGCCGAUCGUAGUAUGCCCGAUGGAUCAGCAGGCUUGCAAGGAGGAAAUGGAUGCCAUCGAGCAAGCCGCAAAGGACGCUUCACACGUGGACCCGAACAACCCAGUUCUUCCGGACCGGACCAUCAUUUUGGCGAGCGAGAGAGAGGCGAUCCGGCAUCUGGGCCUAUGCGAGGUUGGAGGGGUCAAGAAGAUGCUGAUUGAGUGAUGUUCAAUGAUACCCAGUGUUGAGCGGGAACUGGGCGACGGGGACACCAACAGCAUCGAACUCGACAGCUGAUACAUGGAGUAUCACUGUUUCGAUUGGGGAUCCCCACGAGCAACCGCAGCCAGUCCGGGUCGAGGAAGUCCCGUGGCCUGAAUCCUGGAUCCUGUGAGGUCUGCGGGUUGCCGCCAGGGCUGCUCCUCGAU